GGCGUUUUUUUACAAGUUAGUUUCAAAAAAGGUUUUAAUUGUUACACGCGUGUGAGAUUUGAAAUUAUCCGUUGCAAAUUGUUCAACGCUACACGAAGUGCUUGUUUGCAACGCGAACAAUGUGAUUGUGUGCUGUUACGGUGAUUAAGAUCUGUUUAAAAGUUGAUUUAAUUUUUGUAUGUUUUUGAGACAGACUAAAGUUAUGCAGUGUUUCACAAAAAAGUUAAUCUUUCAAUUAUACGUGCCAUAUUUCGAUCCGUAAAAUUUAGACUAGAUAAUUCAAAGAUAAAGAAAGCUCAGCGUUUGAUAAAGCAAAAGAUAAAUAAAUUAAGGAAGACAAUGAUAAGGAUUCCUUUAACCGCAGUGUCGUAUGGCCUGUUGCAGACCGAUUGAAUAAUGAACACAUGUGUACAAAGCCUUUCAAAUACAAUACAUUGUUCAUAUGGCUAACAUGUUUGUAUGGUUUGAGACUGCAAAUUGAUUUCAUCAUAACAAUCACUCGGCAAUAAAACAGUGUUUGUAAAACAGUUUGCGCCAACAGCGUUUAUUAGUUCAGUAAAUGCGUUUUACCAUAUUUUUUCUCUGUUGCAUCACUAAAAAUUGUAUACAUCAGACUGGCUGAAAUCGGUCAUCUGCGCGCUGAAACAUGAAUGACGGUCAAAUACGCCACACGUGAUCGAGGCUGUAAUUAUUAUGCAUCGAACGACGGUAUUGUUUCUGCUGUUUGUGUUAACUACAACAAAACACAGUUAUGGAUCUACCGCCAACAAUAAAGGAGAAACCAAUGCAAGCAAUAAUGCAACAAUUGAUACUCAGUCUCCUCACGAAACCCUGCAACAUACGAUGGAUAAUCGCAAGCCAAGCUUCGUCGCGUGCGGCAGCUAUAAACCAAUGCUGGCGGAAGAGCAGCCCGUAGGAACGCCGGUACUGCGCGUAACUGCGACCGAAUCAGAUCCUGCACAGACGAUCGAGUACAGCUUCGUGACAACACCGGGCGAGCGAGCCCGUUUCCGCAUUGACAAGAGUACGGGCGAAAUCACAACGGCUCACAUCUUCGAUCGUGAUGAGCCGAUACGUGAGAAGGAGAUCUACAUCACGGUACGUGCAACCGAUAAUGGACGACCUCGGCUGGAUGAUGUGUGUACCUUCAAGGUAACGAUCCUGGACAUCAACGACAACCCGCCGGUGUUCGAUAAGGUGCGGCAUGAGGAAUCGGUCAAGAAAGAUAUGAAAACGAAUCUGCGCGUAGCUACCAUCUCGGCGACGGAUAUGGACGAUGGAGAUAACAGCAUCAUCAAGUACGCAAUCGUGCAGCAGAACCCAGACAGCAGCUACUUCAAGAUCAACGAGAACAAUGGGGUGCUCACGCUAGCUAAGCCGGUCGAUCGCAGUCCUCGCGAGUGCUACUCAAUACGCGUGAGGGCUUAUAAUUUAAGUCCACAUGGUGAACGUGUACAUGACGCAGAGGUUGAUGUGAAUGUGCGCGUACUCGAGACCAAUGAGUUGCCACCUUACUUCACCAGAGUGCCAGAGGGAUCCAUUGCAGUGAACGAAACAUUCAAGGAGUACUCUGUAUCGUUGGCAGAUCUCGAAGCCACAUCAAACAUUCCCGAGAAACCGGAAGUGAUCUUCGAACUAAUUCAAGGUCGUUCUGAACAAGCCAAUUCGAAGAACACAUUCCUGCUGGAACAGAUCAACAACACUGCCUCUAUUAAGCUGGGAAAGACGCUUGAUUACGAAACCGUACAGGAGUAUACCCUCAGAGUGACUGUUACAAAUUCGUACAAUUUGGUUUCCGAAUUCGUAGUGAAAAUCAAUGUACUGGACGAAAAUGACAAUAUACCGGUAUUUUCGGAAUUGACAUCCGGUACGAUACUUGAAAACGAACCACCUGGAACGCUGGUCCAACAGGUGCGUGCAUACGAUCUGGACGGAACUGUAGCCCACAAUGUUGUGUCAUACCGGCUCGACAAAGAUGAGCACAAGUUCCACAUUGAGCCUGAGACCGGCCGAAUUACGACACUAGUAAAGCUUGACCAAGAAGCGACUGACUCGUACCAGUUAAAGAUAAUCGCAGAAGAUAACUCACCGUCAGCGUUGUAUCACAACGGGAGGCCAAAUAGUAUUUCUCAGCUAUUAUUCAUUAAGGUGUUAGACAGGAACGACAACGAGCCCAAAUUCAAAAGGAAACUGUACGUGACGGAAAGUGUGCCCGAGGAUGAAAACAUCAACACGGCCGUGAUUGAAGUGAUGGCAGACGAUCCAGACGCAUCUGCUCAGAUUUCGUACAGCAUUGUAUCGGGGAACGAAGGCGAUGCGUUCAAAAUCGAUAAGAAUACGGGCCGUAUCUCGGUCAACAGCAGGCUGGACUACGAAACGAUCCGUGAGUACAUGCUUACCGUUCAAGUGUACGAUGGAUUGUUUCAGGAUCUCACAACUGUCGCGAUUAAACUCGUCAACGUCAACGACAAUCCACCACGUUUCGUAGAUCUCCGUAAUGUUACGAUUCAAGAAGAAACGAUUCCUCCCGGAUGUGUCAUGACCAUUCAGGCGUAUGACCCAGAUAUCGAGAGUCGACACGAACCCCAGCACAUUCAGUUUUCCUUUCUGGAACACGAACACGAGGAUUUGCUGGAGAUCGACGACAACGGAUGUCUGCGGCUCAGAAAGGCGCUGGAUCGCGAUCCACCGCAAGGUUUUAAGAGCUGGCAGUUCAUUAUCACCGCAACGGACGAGGAUGGCGCAGGAAAGAAAACUCCGGCCACUGUAAACAUUUUCCUCGAAGAUAUCAAUGAUAACGCACCGCAUCUUUCGAACGCCAUGCCAGUAGUGUGGGGAGAAAACCGCUCGCCAGGAUUGAUCGUGAGGCUGACUGCGGAAGACGUAGACGAAGCCCAGAACGGUCCACCAUUCUACUUCAGCAUUGAUCCAAACGCACCGUACGAAAUCAAAGAACGUUUCCAAGUGCAAGGUGACGAACUGUAUGCGUUGGUCGAGUUUGAUCGAGAGGAGCAGAAGGAGUAUCGAGUGCCGAUCAGAAUCAGCGACUCUGGCGAGGAACCAAUGAGCGACGUCAGUAUACUGCAGUUGGUGAUUGGUGACGAAAACGACAACGAGAUGCGGCCCGGCGAAAGUCGCAUCUUCGUAUACAACUACAAGGGCGAAUCGCCCAACACAGAAGUCGGCCGUGUUUACGUGGACGAUCCAGACGACUGGGAUCUGCCGGACAAAACGUUCCAGUGGGACGAUGCUACGCGCCAUCAGUCGGUAGACUUCUUCGAUCUGAAUCGGGACACGGGUAUGAUCACAAUGCUACAAGGUACUCGGGGCGGAGAAUAUGAGCUGAACUUCCACGUUGUUGAACAGUUGAGCCAUUUCACACAUAACGUCACAGCCAAGGUGACAGUCACGGUGAAGGAAAUACCCGAGGAAGCGGUCGACAAGAGCGGAUCGAUCCGUUUCCAUAACGUAACGGCGGAGGAGUUCGUAUCGCGUACACCUGGCCAACUCUCCACGCCCAAAGAUCGACUGCAGAUGAGCAUUGCAAACACCCUGAACGUGAGUCGCGAGAAUGUGGACGUGUUUACCGUUUUGAAGCGCGACAAUGUCAACGGAACAUUCUUGGAUGUACGGUUUUCGGCCCAUGGUAGUCCUUAUUACGCACCGGAGCGACUGAAUGGAAUGCUCGGCUACCGACUUCGCCAGCUGGAAGAGGACGUCGGUCUGUCCGUGCUGAUGGUGGGCAUCGACGAGUGCAUCGAAGAGGGUCGCAACUGUGAGCUUUCGUGCAAGAACACACUCUACAAGUCGAAUGUGCCGAUCGCGGUCUACACCAACACCAGCUCGUUUGUGGGUGUAAAUGCGUUCGUGCAGGCGGAAUGCGUAUGCGAGGCUCCUCCACCUUCACUGACCUGUCUGAAUGGAGGCUUCCUUGUGAACGAUCGGUGCUCUUGCCCGGACGGCUUCGAAGGUCCGCACUGCGAGAUGCUGGGCAUCGGGUUCUACGGCAGUGGAUAUGCUCUCUAUCCACCGAUCAGUCCUUGCAACAUGACACGGAUCAGCGUAGAACUGUCACCGCACCAGGAAGAUGGCUUGGUCAUGUACAUUGGACCGCUAAACUACAAUCCUCGUCUACAAGUGCAAGAUUUCCUGGCGCUGGAACUAGUAAAGGGACUUCCGGUGUUACUGCUCGACUAUGGUAGCGGCACAACACGCAUCGAACACCGUCAUCGGUUUCCACAGGGAAAACCUUUCACCGUCGAGAUCGUGCUACAGCCCCAGACGAUCGAGAUGAUCGUAGACAACUGCAAGCUGUCCACGUGCAUGAGCCUGGAUGCACCGAAAGGGCCGAAUCGCUUCCUCAACGUAAAUGCCCCGCUUCAGUUGGGAGGUGCAGCCGUCAAUCUGGACUAUCUCGGUUCGUUGUUCAACUGGACGUACGUGCCACAGGACAAAGGUUUCAGCGGCUGCAUAAGAAACUUGACCAUCAACGAACGUACGUACGAUCUUGGUCUGUCGAGCCUGGCGAAGAAUGCCGAUCCAGGCUGCCAGCGGUCCGUGGCAGUUGCCGUAUCGUUUGGCAUCGAUUCUUACUUCCUGAUUGCGAUCAUCGCCUGUAUCGUGCUGCUGCUGAUACUGUUGCUUGCGUUCGUCGUUCACAAGAAGCACAAAGAUGAGUGGUUUGAUAAAGAUAUACAUGUUCUACACGGCACAGUUAUCGAUUACGAGGUGGAGGGUGGCGGAGAGAGUGCGGGUAUCUACAGCCUCGAAACGCUUCUUAAGAAUCUGGGUUUUGGCGAUGCAACACGAUACGUACAAACGAAUCAUCUAGAUGUAAGCGUCGUCCUGCUGAACAGUAAGAACGCUUGUGACCAUGAUUCCAGGGCUUAUCCGAUCGACGACGUGCGACAUUAUGCAUACGAGGGAGAUGAUGUUAGUUACCAAUCGCUCUCCAGUCUUACAACCGACUCCGAUGGGAGUAAUCUAAAGCUGUCUCAUCUGCCGCAUUUCCACCUGCUUGGUGAUAUCUAUAGUGAGGAUUCAUCGGAUCCCGACGAAUGGUUACGUGCAUCCUAGUUUUAACAAUAACUGCAAAUAGCGAUAGCUGUAUUAUUCCUUCCAUGCCAGCAUCGACCAUUCGUACGGAGCGUGGCAUCAUCGUGCCAUCCCAACUGGAUCGUUUCAAAGCUGCAAGAAUGGCGCCAACAGGCAGAGACUUACAAAACGUGCUCGCUGCUGACGUUGAACGAGUUUGAACACCUCCGCUCCUUGGUUUUUGGUGGCAAAAUUACCAUUUCUUGCUGUGCUGAACGCUGCUUCCACCAGUAGCACCGUGACGAAAGACUCGAGUGUGUG